AUGAACACCUGCCAGAGCCUGAUGGAGCAGCUCAGGCUGGAGGUUGGGGUGGAGAGGAUCAUGGUCUCUCCAGGGGCCUCAGAGUCUCAUCACUACAGGGUGCAGAAUGGCUGCCAGAAUGCUCUGCUGGUCUGUGUUCCAGUUGGAAGUGACCCCUGCCGGGAGCCCAGAUCCUGA